AUGCGUCCUGAGAUGUUUGAUGAACUGCUGAAUAGAGUUGGUCCUAGAAUUACCAAAGAAGACACCAACUACAGGAAAGCAUUGGAACCAGGCUUGAAACUCGCUGCAACUAUACGCCACUUAGCAUCUGGUGACACGUAUUCAACCCUCCAGUAUGACUUCAGAGUUGCCCGCAACCCAUGUUCCGUGUUCAUACCAGAAGUCUGCCAGGCCAUUGUUGAUAUAUUGAAAGGUGAAGUAAUCUCCUGUCCAGUAACACCAGAUGGAUGGCGUCCACUUGCUGAUGAAUUCCUGAAGAGAUGGAAUGUCCCACAUGCCAGUGCCGCCACUGAUGGAAAACAUGUUGCUGUCAGAAAGCCACCCGGCUCUGGCUCCUUGUAUUUUAAUUACAAGGGUUUCUUCUCUGUGGUGCUAAUGGCUUUGGUCGAUGCAGACUACAAGUUUGUGUGUAUUGAAGUUGGUGGACACGGAUCGAUGUCUGAUGCACAUAUUUACAAUGCGUCAGAAUUAAUGGUAGUGUUUGUAAGAUGA